AGGCAGAAGACAGUGCGCCUGUGAAGAAGAGAGUCGUUGUGCGUCUGUGAAUAACGGAAUAACACAGAACCCGAGUCGCGUUAUAAAGGCUCGGUCAGAGGUCAGCUCUAGCGGUCAUCAUGGCAUCAGGCAGUGUGAGCAGCGAGGAGGAGAAGAGUCUGAGGGAAUGUGAGGUAUAUGUGCAGAAACACAACGUUCAGCAGCUGCUGAAGGACUGCAUCGUGCAGCUGUGCACCUCACGGCCCGACAGACCCAUGGCCUUCCUCAGAGAAUACUUCGAGAGGCUGGAGAAGGAGGAAUCGAAGCAGCUCCUGAACCAGCAGAAGGCCAGCUCUCGCUCCGACUCUCGUGAAGAUGAGGUUUCUCCUCCCAUGAACCCUGUGGUGAAGGGCCGUCGGCGGAGAGGCGCCAUCAGCGCUGAGGUCUACACCGAAGAGGACGCCGCUUCCUACGUCAGAAAGGUCAUUCCUAAAGACUACAAAACCAUGGCGGCUCUUGCCAAAGCCAUCGAAAAGAACGUGCUCUUCUCACAUCUGGAUGACAAUGAAAGAAGUGACAUAUUUGAUGCCAUGUUUCCAGUCACCUACAUUGCUGGAGAGAUCGUCAUCCAGCAGGGCGACGAGGGAGAUAACUUCUAUGUCAUUGACCAGGGUGAAAUGGAUGUGUAUGUGAACAAUGAGUGGGCGACCAGCAUUGGCGAGGGCGGCAGUUUUGGAGAGCUGGCGUUAAUCUACGGCACCCCGAGAGCCGCCACCGUCAGAGCCAAGACCAACGUGAAGCUGUGGGGCAUCGACAGAGACAGCUAUAGGAGAAUACUGAUGGGAAGCACUUUGAGGAAAAGGAAGAUGUACGAGGAGUUCUUGAGCAAAGUAUCUAUUUUAGAGUCUCUGGAUAAGUGGGAGCGUCUGACGGUGGCUGACGCUCUAGAACCGGUUCAGUUUGAGGACAGUCAGAAGAUCGUGGUUCAGGGAGAACCGGGAGACGAGUUCUUCAUCAUCCUGGAGGGAUGCGCGGCCGUUCUGCAGCGCAGGUCAGAGAAUGAGGAGUUUGUGGAGGUGGGCAGGUUAGGACCCUCAGACUACUUCGGUGAGAUUGCUCUGCUGAUGAACCGGCCCAGAGCAGCAACAGUUGUGGCUCGCGGGCCGCUCAAAUGUGUCAAGCUGGACCGGCCGCGCUUUGAGCGAGUUUUGGGCCCGUGCUCAGACAUCCUGAAACGCAACAUCCAGCAGUACAACAGCUUCGUGUCGCUCUCCGUCUGAACUGCCAGUAAAAACCUCCACCUCGGCAGGGUCCACGGUUUCGCUUCUCAUUUACACACACAUGCUUCAUUCAGAGCUUUAACAUUGGACAUUUAGAGCCAAACGAAACACAGACAAUCAAACUAGGGCUGCACCAUAUUUGGAAAAUAUGCCAUAUACAGUUGAAGUUAGAAUUAUUAGCCCUCCUGAAUAUUUCUGUUUAACGGGAAGAACACAUUUCUGAACAUAAUAGUUUGAAUUGCUCAUUUCUAAUAACUGAUUUAUUUGAUCUUUGCCAUGAUGACUACAUAAUAUUUGACUAGAUAUUCUUCAAGAUGCUAGUAUUCAGCUUAAAGUGACUUUUAAAGGCUUAACUUGGUUAAUUAGGCAAUUCAUUGUAUAACUGUGGUUUGUUAUGUAGACAAUCGAAACAAAUAUUGCCUUUUGAAUUUUAUAUUUUUAUUUUCUUAAAGCAACAAAGAGCGAUAAAAAAGCAACAGCAAUUAUAAAGACAAAACAAAAAAAGCAACAACAAAAAUAAUAAUAAUAAAAUAAAAAUAAAAAGGACAUAAGACAGAAAAAAA